AUGUCGACGUCGAAGAUCAUCCUUGAGCUCCCACAAGAAACCAUAGUUGAAAUUCUUUCAUGGUUACCGGUAAAAUCUAUUGCAAGGUUCAAGUGCGUAUGCAAAUCGUGGCUUUACUUAUUCGCGACUGACUUGCAAUUUGACAAGCUGCACCACGAACAUGCUACCAAGAAAAACAUUAAUGUAACCCGCUUUAUUACUAGCAAAGCAAACAGAUUACUCUUUUGCUCGGUCGAUGUUCAUGAUACACGUUUACGAUGGGACUUUAAGUAUCACCCGUUGUUUAGUAAUAAUAAAGAUGAGUCUGUUGAGAUUCUUGGUUCCUCUAAUGGCUUAGUUUGCGCAAGUGCUCAACGGGAUACUAUAAUUUGCUUUUGGAACCCAGCUAUGAACGAGUAUAAGACUAUACCGAUGCCCGAAAACGAAUCCCCGACGCAUCUUGAUUCUUGGUUGAGGUAUGGAUUCGGUUACGAUCUAAAGCGUAACGAUUACAAGUUGGUAAGAGUUCAAAGCUACGGGAAUACAGUUAAUGUUUCAGUUAAAGUUUAUUCAUUAAUUUUGAAUGCAUGGAAAUCUAUUUCUGCGUCUGACAAUAUGCCUUAUAGACUUUCUGCUGCCGGACCAGCAACAUCGUAUCUGAAUGGAGCUGUUCACUGGUUAACUUUAGACCUUCAAGUUAUAGUCUCUUUUGAUCUGGCAGAGGAGAUAUUUCAUGAAAUACCCGGACCACAAGAACUGGCCGACCGUUCUUCCAGCGUUGAUGACAGGUACACGAAACACUUAGAUGUUGUGGAAGGGCUUCUUUGCAUUGUUAGUAUCCUUGUUGGUGGGAUAUACGGCGACGUGUGGGUGAUGAAAGAUUAUGGUGUCAAAGAGUCUUGGUCUAAACUAUUCAGGAUACCUCAAUACGCAAUAAAAUUUUCAUAUUUUAAGGUUCUUAAAUCCAUGCACAAUGGUGACAAGUUUCUAUUAGAUGUUCAGUUACGAGAAGGAGAUGAUACAACUGUUUGGGCUUUAUAUGACGUGGAGGAUCGAUGGGCAGGAACUAUUAAUAAAGAUAAUGCAUUCCGUUGGUCCAAGGCAACAACUGUUUACGAGGAGCAUUUAGUUUCUCUACUUAGUGCACCAAAGCAAAUAGAUGAUGCACCUGCUCCAGAAGAAGAAAACGAAAGAUGCAAGAAGAGAGCUAGAUUAAGUUAG